AUUUCUCCGUGUGUUCAUAAAUAAAAUAAGGAAAGAUCCCCUUUUCCUUUCUCUCUCCUCACUUCACUCCCUCGCCGGAAAACACUCACCGACCACCAGUUUUUCGCCGACCAUUUAUUUACCAAAAUUCCUCAAUAUAUUUCAACAAUAUUGAUUUAUUUUCUAGUCUCAUAAAUUAAUUUUUUCAAUAUUUGGGUUAGUGAACCACAUUGAACUGCGCAUUUCGAUCCGAAUUUCCUGGCUUAACUAAUGAUUAAAGUGCCAGGAAAUUAAAUUAUUUUAUAGAACAUUUAAUUUAAUUUAAGCUCGAAGUUUGAAAGUUUCUUUUUCUAAAUCUCACUCUUCAAUUUGUUUCUCGGAUUUUCUUUUGUAGAAUUUGUUUUUUGAUUCAUCAGUUUGUUGAAUUGUUAUUGGAGGAGAGAGAAAAUUUGUAAGGAAAGAGAUGGCGGUGGCAGCGCCGUGUCUGCAAUUUCCUCAUUCUCCGACCACCAUGUCACCAAAGAAAUCAAACGACGCCGUUUUGCUAUACCGAUCUACUUUUCUUGGAACGACGUCGUCGUCUUCCAAGAUAAACAGAACACGUUCUUUUGAGUUUAAGCCAAAACAGAGACCUUCUUCCCUCCCCACCAUCCGUAGAGCUUGUAGCGCAAACUUCGACACUUCUUCCGACGAAGAAUUCUCCAGAAAACUUCAGAAAUUAGCCAUCCGAUUUCAAAUUUCCGACGAAAAUAGCGUAGAAAAUUUCACCGAAUCUCAGACAAAUCUCAAUUUAACCGAUGACGACGAAGAAGAAAAUUCAUUGGUGGAAUCUUCGUUAAUGGAGAUCCAAAACGUCGAAAUGAAGGCGAAAAGCUUAGAUCUCCCACUCUCACUCAGAAUGAUCAAACAAAAGAAGAAACAAUUGCAAGAUAAUUUCACAGAAGCCGGAGAAUCCACUUAUUGUUCGGUGAAAAAAGCGUUUUCAUCAAUGGUGUUUAUAAUUCGAGAACUCCACAGUUACACUCUUCAGAUGAGAGAGAUCUUGUAUUUCGAAGAUUUGCAAGGAAUAUUAGCGAGAGUACAGAGUGAAAUGCAUGCUUCAUUUGUAUGGCUUUUUCAGCAAGUGUUCUCUCACACUCCUACUCUCAUGGUUUACGUCAUGAUUUUACUUGCCAAUUUCACUGUCUACUCAAUGUCCACCUCCGCCGCAAUUGCCGUUACGCCACCGGUUGCCACCGUAGAGGUGAGAGAUUUUAGCAGUGGUAGUCAUUUCGAGUUCGACUCCUCCACGGUGAAAAUAUUUACAGUGAGUUCUUCCGGGAGUAAUACGGCGGCGGUUGGCGGGAACUACGGCGGUGGGAAUAAUGGUAGGCUGGUUGGGAGUGGGAUGGAUGGUGAUAGUUGGAUGAAUAAUAAUUCCGGUAUUGUCCACCGUCCGAUUGUUCCUGAUGGUGUGUCUCCCGUGAGCACACGGGAGGACACGCGGCAGAAGGAGGAGGUGGAGGAAGUUGAGAUAUGGAAUUCAAUUGUAGACGAAGCUACUAGAAUGCAGGGACAAGUGAGGGAUGAAUCUCUUGACGAUGAAGCCAUGCAGAGUUUUGUUUCGCCGGUGACGGCGAAAAUCGAAGCCGAUGAUUAUGUGGAUUAUUUUAAAACGGAGCUCCAUUAUCAAAGUUGUGUAGCUCAAGAGCCUAAUAACGUUUUGCUGUUGGCUAAUUAUGCUCAGUUCCUCUACCUCGUUGUUCAUGACUUUGACAGAGCCGAGGAAUACUUCAAAAGGGCUACAAAGGUGGAGCCGAAAGAUGCCGAGGCAUACAACAAAUACGCAAAUUUCUUGUGGCAAGCAAGGAACGACUUAUGGGCAGCUGAAGAGACCUUCUUAGAGGCUAUUUCUGCUGAACCGAGUAACACUUACUAUGCUGCCAACUACGCCCAUUUCCUGUGGAACACUGGUGGCGAGGACACGUGUUUUCUAGGCGAUGAACCCCUCGAUGCCUAAAAAAAGAUAAAAAAAAAUAAAAUUCGGAAAAUAAAGGACGAGGGAGUAAUACUGUGAUAGUAGUAGUAGUAGCAGUAGUAGUAGAAGGUGUAGGCGCAACACAAAAUGACACGAGAAACGCCUUUUGGAAGUUUCGAAAGUGGACUGUGAUGGGUUUAUGAGGCGUAGUCGUAGCGUAGGUGCGCGGUCACACCAACCACUUAUUGACACUAGUGGUGGUGGUGGUGGUGGUGGUGUUAGUGUCGGAUGAAAAGAAAGAGGAGAAUGUGGGUUUGGUGGUGCGGGUGCACAAAUGCACAUGGUGAAGAAAGUUGGGAAAUGAGCAAUGAGACAAUGAGACAAUACAUAAACAUGAGAAUUAGAAUGGGUGGAGGGAAAAAAGGCAAGAUUUGCUGAACUGCCUUGUUGGGAUCUACAGGAAACAACAAACUUUGCCUCGGAGUUAAAAGAGGAUCAAUUUUUAUUGCACAUAAACUUUUUCUUUUUCUUUUUUCACCGCGUAAAAAUGUUCUAUCACUGAACAUGUAACUAAUAUCUUCUGUUUUUGUUCAUAGAAUACUACUUCGUAUAUGUAAUAACAGUCGAGUACUUCUACUAA